AUGGACAUAUCUGAUACUGAGGAGUCAGAUGAAUUUGAAUCUGACUUGGGUGAUGAAGAUUGGGUAGAAUCUGGAAAGAAGAUGGUGAAAAAGUUUGAUCAGUGUUGCUCUUGUUCACAGAUCUCAUUCUGUAAAACUAAGAAAUGCGAAUGCCAAGCUGCUGGUAGUCCAUGCACCACUUCUUGUGGGUGCAUACCUUCAAGAUGCAGUAACAGAGAAGGUGGUGUCGUUAAGAAGGAGUUGGAAGAAGCAUCCCUUGCAGACGGAACAGAGAAUGAUGGAAGUCAUUCUUCAUUAAAUCAUCUUGAUAAGAAGAGCAGAGGACUGGUUUCUAAUGGAGCCAUGCUGCUUCAGAGUGCUCUGAGCGAGUGGUUAGCCAAAGAAAAUCAAGAUAUGCAGCCAAGAAAGCCCCUGUCUGAUAUUGCGAAUACCGUGGUUCAUAAAAAUGUGUCUCAGCAAAGCCGGAGGAAGAAAUGGCGCAAGUCAACAAUUCAGCUCAUUCCAUCCGAACCUUUUCCAUCCCCCAUGCCAGAAAGCAAUGAAGCUCCUAGGACUAGGGUUGAUGUUCCCCUUAGACUACCACGAGCAAUGGAUUCUGUGCUCUUGGUUGACAACCCUCCCCUUACAGAUCCGGAUUCUGUGAAUGAUGAUGGGUCUGUGGGUAGCAACAAGGAUGGUAGGGGCAACAUUCCUUCAAGAUCGCUGGUCCGGUUUUUAGAAGGCAGCAGAUGAGAGAGAUCCAUAUGAUCUAAUUAUCCUAUCAUUUCUUCCCCCUAACCGUCUGGUUAGUUUCUGCUGAGUUAUCCGCUGUUGCAAAUGAUAUUGUUGUGUGCUGUUGUACCCAUGCUCAGUGGCAAUGGAUGCAUCGGAUGAACUCUCCUUGGAGAAUGCAUGAGGGAGAAAGCUGGCCUUUUUCAUUGGAAGCCAUAGUGAGGAUUAAUCUGGGAUCUGGAACUGCUUCGCAUGUAUUCUCCGGUGAAGCCUUGUAAUCAAAAUAUCUUUGAUGGGAGUAGAAAAGGUUGGAUCCUUAUGCGAUGUAUUCAUCCAGAGAAUCGGUUGUUUCUUUUGACAAUUAUUUUGAUUAUUGGCUGCCGAAAACUGGAAAAAAUUAUU